AUGGAUCUUUCCCUGGAUGAGGAGGACGACUGGUUUUUCGAGUCCAUAAACGCAUACGAGGCGCUCCAUGUAUUUCAACUUGAGCAUUCCACGAAAGUAAUUGAGUGGACGGGCGAGAAAAGUAUCUGUGUUGCGGGCUAUGGCUCAGUCAAGAACGAAAUCCUGGAGCUGAUCUUACCACUUAAACUCUUUGCUGGAAAUUGUGAGGGUCUCUGUCCAGAGCGCGACUUUAAAGUGGACCACGGAGGCUUUUCCGAAGAACCAAUUGAGUGCCUGAAAUAUAUUCCAGGAACAAGAUAUGUAGUUACCAGUGGAAAUUUAAGCUCAAGACUGAACAUCUGGGAUAUUGGAGGAGAUGACAGUGAUGUAAUUAAGAAGAUGGGGUUCAUAGACCCAGUGGACACAUCAGCCCGAGGCAGUAAAAUGGCUCCGGGUUUGACCGAGGACCCUUCAAUACUCCAUGGAUCUCAGAUCAAAAACGUUCAGCUGACAGACCUAACAUCAAGGAGAGUCCUUCACUCAGUGGGAACUGAUUCAUCUGAAGCUGUCAGCGGGCUGCAGUUUUUAAGCCCUAACGUAUUUCUCAUCUGUGCAAGCAAUGGCGUUUUGUAUGUUAGCGACACUCGAGAUCCCAGUACCAAUCGAUACACCCUGAGAGAGGAGAAGAGCAGCUCGGAGUGGUGUUUUGCACUGAAGAUGGACCAGUCCCCAUCAGACCCUACCUCUUGCUCUGUGGCAAGACUCUCCUCGUCUGGUCAGGUUGUCAUAUCUGAUUUCAGAGACUUGGCUGGCAUAAUCAGUUGUGCCAAGCUUAAUGUCAAGCACAAUGCCCACAGCAAUGACUCCAUGACCGUGACGUGGGCUCCUGCAUUUGAUGGUGCGAUAGCUGUGUCAGGAUUUGAUGGAACAGUGCAGAUCUAUAACACCAAUGCUUGGACCAAAGAAUUCCAGGUGUUUGAGCCCAUUUUUGCACACUGUGGUCAUACCAUGAUGGGUGAAGAAAAGACUGAUAACACCUCUACGGUGGUUACUACUCAUGUGUGGCAUCCAUGGCGACCAAAGACUGUCCUAUCAGCUGCUACAGAUGGCUCUAUACAUGUAUGGGAGUGGAUUGACAGAUCCACCAGCAGUAGCAGCUAAGAUUUUUUAUGUAUUCAUUUGCAAUGGAUUUGGCCCCUUUGGUAAACCAAUCUCCAUUAUUCAAUUAGUGGUUAAACCUGAAUAAUUUUGUUUGAAGCAGAACAUUGCACUCUAACCUGACACUGGUGGAGGAGCCAUUCAUGCAAAGAGCAUUUCCCAAGAUAAACUCAUAGACUUGCCCGGCGAUGGACUGGUGACCUGUCCAGGGAGUUUCCCCACCUUUCGCCCAGUGAAUGCUGGGAUAGCCUCAGGUAGGCUCCAGACUCCAGCCGUGG